AUAAAGCCAAGAACCCCGGAAGAAAAGAGAACAGUAGCAGAACCAGUUGAUUCUUGAACCCAAAGCCUCAACAUCACCAACUUCUGUCAACCUUGUCUUUCAAGCAAAACUCACACCCAAUAGAUCCUAGCAAUCAUUCUGUCAUUUGAGUACUUCACAUGUGGAUCACCUACACAAAGUUCCCUCCACAUUCUUUUGAGUUCCACCAUUCUCAUUACUCACUACCUUCUAGUUGGCCAAGGUAAGUAAACUCAAAGUUGGGAGUUUCUAUCCAUAUCCAAAGGACCACGUCGAAUGGGUUCAAUUCAAACACCCAUUGGAACACGGAGCUCCGCAUUGCUCGAAACUUCAUGUGGAUAUCUACUCCAAGAACUUCAGAUAAUAUGGGAUGAAGUCGGAGAAGAUCAGUUCACAAGAGAGAAGGUUCUGCUAGACUUGGAGCAGGAAUGCCUCGAGGUUUACAGAAGAAAAGUCGACAGUGCAAAUAUUUCAAGGACUCGCUUGCAUCAGCAAUUAGCAGAAGCUGAAUCAGAAGUCACCCAUCUCCUUUUGUCCCUCGGGGAACGUUCUCUACCUGGACGGCCAGAAAAGAUGGCGGGCACACUAAAGGAGCAGCUAGAUUCAGUUACCCCAGCUUUAAGAGAUAUGCAGUUGAGGAAAGAAGAGCGUCUGAAACAGUUCAGAGCUGUGCAAGGUCAGAUCCAGAAAAUUUCUGCAGAAAUAGCAGGUAAAUCUGAGUUUGAAGACUCAUCAUCAAAUGUAAUCAUCAAUGAGAGUGACCUCUCACUGAAGAAACUCGAAGAGUAUCAGAAUGAACUUCAGAGGCUUCAUACUGAGAAGAAUGACAGGCUACAGAGAGUGGACAAAUAUAUAGACACUAUCCACAAACUCUCUGCAACUCUGGGAAUGGAUUCCUCUAUGAUCAUCACAAAGGUUCAUCCAACCUUGAAUGAAUUGUGUGGGAUAUCAAAGAACAUAAGUGACACCAUCUUAGAAAAACUUGACAGUACUGUGAAGUCUCUGGAGGAAGAAAAGCAAAAGCGGUUUGAGAAGCUUAACCAUCUUGCUAAAGCAUUAACAAACUUGUGGAAUCUUAUGGACACACCUUAUGAAGAUCGUCAACUGUCUUCCCAUGUUACUUAUAUGAUAUCAGUCACACCAGCGGAAGUGUCAGGUCCUGGAAGCCUCACCCUAAACAUAAUCCAACAGGCUGAAGCUGAAGUGAAGAGGCUGGAUCAGUUGAAAGCUAGCAAGAUGAGAGAAUUAUUUCUCAAAAAGCAGAAUGAGCUGGAAGGAAUAUGCAGUAGAUCACAUAUGGAGAUUCCUUCGAGAUCAGAGAUAGAUAGUAUACUGAACCUUAUAAACUCUGGAAAAAUUGAUCAUGCCGAUCUCCUGAUGAGCAUGGACGAACAGAUAGCGAGAGCAGAAGAAGAAGCUUCAAGUAGAAAUAUUAUAAUGGAGAAGGUGGAGAAAUGGAUUUCAGCUAGGGAUGAAGAGCGCUGGUUGGAAGAAUACAAUAGGGAUGAGAAUCGAUAUUCAGUCAGUAGAGGAGCUUACAAGAACCUAAAGCGCGCUGAACGUGCCCGAGUUUCAGUUAAUAAGAUUCCAGCUCUGCUGGACAUGCUGAUUGCUACAACUCAAAGUUGGGAAGAAGAAAGGAAGAAAAUUUUCUUGUAUGAUGAGGUACCCCUUCUGGCAAUGUUGGAAGAGUAUAACGCAUUAAGGCAGGAAAAGGAAGCUGAGAAGCAAAAGCAAAAGUUUCUCUUGCUGGAAAAGAAAAAGGUACAGCGUCUACAGACCCAGGUGACAGUUGAGCAAGAGAAUUCAAUUGGAUCCAGGCCAGGCACCAGCAGUAGGCGCAUGUCAAACAGAAGCUUGAAUGGGAGUUUUGGCCAUUUUAGCCCAGUGAACAGAAGGCUCUCACCAAGUAUCCAACAAUCAGAACCAAACAGUAUCAGUCCAUCGACCCAAGGAAUAUCCUUCAUAAAAGAAGGGAAAAAAAGACCGGGUCAAAAGAUGUUAUCACGGCCUCACCUUUCUUCGCAUUUUAGAGAUGAAACAGCUUCGGUAGUAUCUACUUGUUCAGGUCCUUUAUCCCCUUGAAUCCUCACAGUCGUGGAUUCUCAGGUUGAGUCGAGAUAAAACAAGUUUAGAACGGGUCGAAUUUCCUUGUAUGAAUGACUUUAGUAGGAAGUGCAAAAGAUAAAUUCAGUUUUUGUGUU